UGCGGUGACGUCAUCGCGCCCAUCCGCCCGCGUGUGACGUCAUCACGCAGCCGCCGGGAAGGUCGCGGCGGUGACCGGCUCCCCAGCUGCCGCCAUGUUGUCCGUGGCCGCCCGCUCCGGGCCCUUCGCUCCCUACCUGUCGGCCGCCACUCACGCCGUGCCCGGCCCUCUUAAGGCGCUGGCACCGGCGGCGUCGCGGGCCGAGAAGGUGGUGUUGGAUCUGAAGCGACCGCUGCUGUGCCGGGAGUCGCUGAACGGCCGCUCGGCCCGGCGGGAUCUCGUCGCCAGCGCCAGCAUCAACGCACCUGCCAGCGUGCGUUUUGUCCACAAUGAUGUCACGGUCCCUGACUUCUCUGCCUAUCGUCGUGAAGAUGUGAUGGAUGCCACAACGUCAUCUCAAAGGAGCAGUGAAGAUAGAAAAGGCUUUUCCUACCUGGUGACUGCAACAACAUGCGUCGCUUCUGCAUAUGCUGCUAAGAAUGUUGUCACCCAGUUUAUUUCCAGCCUCAGUGCUUCUGCUGACGUGUUAGCGUUGUCAAAGAUUGAGAUCAAGCUAUCUGACAUUCCAGAAGGGAAAAACAUGGCUUUCAAGUGGAGAGGGAAACCCCUCUUUGUGCGUCACAGAACCCAAGCAGAGAUUAAUCAGGAAGCUGAAGUUGAUGUGUCUCAGUUGAGAGAUCCACAGCACGAUUUAGACAGAGUAAAGAAACCGGAAUGGGUCAUAUUAGUAGGAGUCUGCACUCAUCUUGGUUGUGUACCAAUUGCUAACUCUGGAGAUUUUGGUGGCUAUUACUGCCCUUGCCAUGGGUCCCAUUAUGAUGCCUCUGGCAGAAUCAGGAAAGGUCCUGCCCCCUAUAACCUGGAGGUUCCAACCUACCAGUUUGUUGGUGAUGAUUUAGUUGUUGUUGGCUGAAUAACAAGUGCUUGCUCACUUUCAUGUUCUGGUAUGUACAUGAUCAUACAUGUCAAUGUACACUUGAAAGGGUUAUCUGAUAUUCUGAAAUACUGUCAAACCAGAUGAUCUUAAAAAUACAUGAGCUUUGUUCUCUACCAGAAGUAUGUUUGAAUACUUCCCUGUGUUCAAUUUUAAUAAAAACCUAAAGUGAGCACUA